CCAGCUGUGUGGAGAGUUGUAAAAUCCUGAAUACAGGAAGUACUGCAGCUUGGAGGAGAGAAUCGGCCAGGAUGUGCUGAAUUGGAGGUAUUUGUGAGAUUAAGCUGUGCACAUCGCUUGCUAGUCUUACAAGACUAGGUGGUUUGAGCGUGCCAGGGCCAGCAAGGUCUCAUGUGAUGUAUCAAAUACUUAAAAGUUACCUGUAGCUGGCUGACGUCAUGUUAAUUGUGUCUUGUUUCACUUUCAUUCCCUAAGUCCUACCUUAGCAGCAGCCUUCGGGUCCAGGUCUGAGGCAGGCUCCUCAUCCUCUUGCAGCAGAGCCCCUGCCUAGCUCCACCUCUCUUUCUCUUCCCCACCCUAACCCUGCGUCACAAGCUGGAGGGGGGAGGGGUGACUUGAGAAUGACUCUAAGCCCUACCUUCUACCCCACCCUCUGCUAUCAGCAUGCUAACCAACCUAAACCUAGUCCUGGGCUGAAUUGAGCUGCAAUGGGCCUGGGGGCAAAGCAGGCCCAGAACAGAGAAUCCUUAAGGCUCUCCACACCCAGAGGCAUUCAUGAGUCCAGCACUGUAGCCCGUCCCCGGGACUUGUGUCUAGAACUGUUGGCUACAGACAUUGAUCAGUUCAUGUGUUUGGACGGCUUGGCUUGGAUCCAGCCUUGCAACUUCCCAUGUGUGCAACCUGAAGCAGCAGCGGGAUCUGUACAAUGACUGAAGCAGUCGCGCUUUAUGAGGCCCUGGUGUUGUGGGGAGGCUAAUCUGUGGCAGGUUCUUUCUGAGGAGGUGUUCCAGAGCAGUGGCUUUCAAGGAGCAGACACAUAGAUAGGGUUUGGGGGCCCUGGAAGAUGCUGGAGCCGGAAGUGGAGGCCCUUGUCUUGUGGGCAGGAAGUAUGAGGCGGGCAAGUACGCAGCAGUUAAGUUCCUGGGGAAGGGGGAUCGGAUCGAAUCGGAUCGGAUCCGGAGAGCCUGAAGGCCAAGAGCUGACAGACAGUAUGUGGAUUUGGAUAAGCCUGACAAGGAGGCUAGAUAUGGAUUUCCACCUUGGCUUGUGCACCUACUAAUUUGUGAGAUGGGAUUGUGAAAACAGAUGCUACCAAGGGCUUCUGCUCAACCAUCACUCUGUGGAUGAUGGGGGACCACCUCAGACCCAUGGAAUGUCUCAAUAUUUGCUUGGAAGACAACUUACAACCCUGUCCAGAAGCAUAUCCAAGUGAAAUACAUGGCCAUCCAGGCCCUUCUGAACCUUGCCAGGAACAUACCUGUCCGUUUGACCCCCCAGAAUCUGCCAGACCUGAUGCUCCUCAUGGUAACUCUGGUGUGGAGUCCACUCAUCUAGAAAACUGCUUGGUGCAGGUACAGGCUAGGCAGGCCUCAGCAUCACUGAGGUCACUGGAGGACAACAGCUCUUUGGGGAGUCCACAGCAAAACCAGAGCUCAUCCACCCAGGUGGUAUUCUGGGCUGGCAUCCUGCAGGCCCAGAUGUGUGUCCUGGACCUGGAGGAGGAGCUGGAGAAAACAGAGGGACUCAGAGCAGAACUCAGGUGCUGCAUCCCACCACCCUCUAAGGACCUCCUUGGAGAUGAAGGUCUGAGCCCCAGCCGACCCGAGGAGGAUGAAGACUCUGGAGAUGACAGCAGUGGGCCUGAGGAGGAGAACCAGACCUGGCCAAGGGAGAAAAUUCCAGGCUCCUCCCUAGAGUGGGGUGCUGAGGAGGACAGUAUCUUCUUUGAUAAUCCCCUCUUCCUGGAGAGCCCUUGCUCAGACACCAGCACUGAAGGAGAAUGCUUUUCCUGGGGGUACCCGAAUUCCCACCCAGACAUGAAGACCUGGCAUCAGAGCCCUCAAACUCUGGACUCUCCUCUCCAAAAAGGCACAGGGCUCUGGAGGCAAGAAAAUGAGCUGGAUUUGGGGAGCGACACUGCUGACCAUGGUGGGUGUUCCACCCCUCCAUUCCCUGUGCCUUCCUAUAAGAUGCACCCCUGCUUGGCCUUAGGAUCCACUGAAGGGGAUCCCACGGUACCUCCUGAUCAGGAGGGUGAGACUUCUUGUGAAGAUGAUCUUGGCCAUGGCUCACCUAAAGCACCCUUUGUAGACCAUGAAUUGAUCCAAGAAUCAGAUAACUUUGAAUUUGACCUUAGACCUGCCACAACACAUCCUGUACAGCCUUGGGGUUCACAGACAUCCCAAAGCCUUUCUGACCUGACUCAACCCAUACUUGAGGACCUGCAGAGAGAAGAUCCUUCCAGGUCCCAGGAAACUCUUAUCUCCCAGAACAGAGGUGAGAGGGAUGCUGGCUGUUUCCAGGAGCCCGUGUUCUGCACUUUGGCCCCCUGGGGGAGCCAAACCUCUUUACUGGAGCCUAACUGCCCAGAAUCUGAGGGUAGAGGCUCUGGCCCCCAGCCCAGCCCAGUGUCUUCCCAGGAUAGCAGCCCACGGGUUCUGCUGCACAGCCCCAAGUGGCCACAAGAUGCCUCACACCUUCUCCAGAAGGAUAGAUCAGAGUUGAGCUCCCUAAAGGAAGAGGAGACAGAGGAGGUCCCAAGCCUGAGGCAGGAGGCAGAAUGUGAAGAUACAUCCAGAAGUGAAGAUGCUUCAGCCAACCAGCACCAUGUUCACUUGGCUUCUGCAGAAGGGCUUCCUGAGAGCCCCAUGCCCCAAGCUCAAUCUCCAGAGGAAGGCUGGAGGCCAUCAUCGUCUAGAGAGAAGUUGGCUAAUGACAUCAGAAAUGACAAGGGAGCAUGGAACCUAGCCCUGCGCCUCUAUCAACUGAAUGGUUUUCGGAAGUCUGAAGUAGCUGCCCACCUACGCAAGAACAAUGACUUCAGCAGGGCUGUAGCCGAGGCCUACUUGUCUUUCUUCCAGUUCGAAGGUCAGAGCCUGGACAGAGCCCUCCGUGGUUUCCUCCAGGCCCUGGUGCUCAGUGGAGAGACUCAGGAGCGGGAACGAAUUCUCUACCAGUUUUCCAAACGUUUCCAUUACUGCAAUCCUGGAGCCUUCCCCUCAGUAGAUUCUGUUCACACGUUGACCUGUGCAAUCAUGCUCCUUAACACAGACCUACAUGGGCAGAACAUUGGCAAGAGCAUGAGCUGUCAGGAAUUUGUAACCAACUUGAAUGGCCUGCAGGAUGGCAGGAACUUCCCCAAAGAGCUGCUGAAGGCCCUCUACUGGUCUAUCCGCAGUGAGAAGCUCGAAUGGGCUAUAGAUGAAGAAGAUGCAGACAGACCCGAGAAGGACCAACCCUCUCCCUCAGCUGGCAAGAUAAGCAGCCCCUUCCUGCAGAUGGCUCAGGAUCCCACGAUGCCCACCUAUAAGCAGGGCAUUCUGGCUCGGAAGAUGCAUCACAUUGCUGAUGGCAAGAAGACUCCAUGGGGCAAACGAGGCUGGAAGAUGUUUCACACCUUACUGAGAGGGAUGGUCCUCUACUUCCUGAAGGGAGAGGGCCAAUGGCUGGAUGGAGAGAGUUUGGUAGGACAUAUGGUGGAUGAGCCUGUGGGAGUACACCACUCACUAGCCAGCCCAGCCACCCACUACACCAAGAAGCCACAUGUCUUCCAGCUUCGGACUGCAGACUGGCGUCUCUACCUCUUCCAGGCACCUACUGCCAAAGAAAUGGCUUCCUGGAUUGCGCGAAUCAACCUGGCGGCUGCCACCCACUCAGCACCUCCUUUUCCGGCUGCAGUGGGCUCCCAACGCAGAUUCGUGAGGCCCAUCCUGCCCAUGAGCCCGGUGCAGAGCUCCCUGGAGGAGCAGCAUCGAUCCCACGAGAACUGCCUGGAUGCUGCCUCAGAUGACCUGUUGGAUUUGCAGAGGAACCUGCCGGAGCGACGGGGCCGCAGCCGCGAGCUGGAGGAAUACCGCUUACGGAAGGAGUAUCUGGAGCACGAGAAAACUCGAUAUGAGACCUACGUACAGCUUCUGGUGGCCCGCCUACACUUCCCUUUGGGGGACCUGGCUCUGUGGGAAGAUCAGCUUGGGAAGGAAACUGACGGUUCUCAGGAGCCCAGGCCAAGCCUGAAGAAGUCCCACUCAAGCCCAUCACUGCACCAGGAGGAGGCCCCCACCACAGCCAAGGUGAAACGCAACAUCUCAGAGCGCAGAACCUACCGGAAGAUCAUUCCCAAGAGGAACCGCAAUCAGCUGUGAAGCUGUUACCCUCUCAGACACUGACCACUGCUCCGGGGUGGACCUGAGAUGCAGCCUUAUGUGCCAGGACCAUGGUGAAGGAUAAGGCAUCUCUGAUUCUUUGCUGAAGGACGGGGCUGAUUUCUCUGUGUCCCCGUUCCCUGGCUCUUUAGAACUGCCUUAAUCUUGCCAUACUUGCUUCUGUCCCCCAUGGUGGUUCCUCCAUCACCCUAACCCUGAUCACUCAAGAGCAAGGUUGAGUGAGAAAUUGGCUCCACUUGCGGAAUUUGUCCCCCAUGCACUCUCUCCUCUGAAACACGGGGCCUGGGUUGCUGGGAGGUCGCUUGAGGAAGUCUAGCUAGGACUGUUCACUGGGAACAGUCUUACUUUGGGAAUUAGGUGACCUAGCAGGAGAUGGUCCCAGAAGCAUAGGGAAGGACCUCUUGGGAAUUCCUAAGCACCAUCUUGUAAGCAGGGUUACUCUGGCACUGCCCAGUAGAGGACAGCUUCUAACAAGAGUCCUUGGUAAGUUCAGGACUCAGGGAUGCUGUGGGGCUCCAAGCUUCAGAUCUUCUGACUGCUUUAUCCUACAACCAGCCAAACAAAGCCCUUCCCGGGACAGGGAGUACAUGAAAAGGCUGCGUGCCUAAUUGUUGUUAAUCAACAGAGCAGAGCUUGUGGCCUGAGCCAGGGUCAAUAGGAGUGGGGGCCUCUAGAGCUCUAUGGAGAACCCUUGGAACAAGGAGCCUUUGUUUCCUGAGAGUAAUCAGGGUAGCUUUUCUAGGGGGUGAAGGUGGUGACAGUUCUCCUUGGGAGUCUGCCUGGCAGUGGGAGUGGAGAUUGGAGGCCUGGGUUCUCACUGCUUUCUGUAGUCACCCCCAUCCCACCUCCACCUUCAAUAUCCCUCAAAGCUGCAGUCCUGAGGGUUGACAGGACCUAUUUCUCAUUCCUGGGGCAGCUCCCAGGCUCUUGCUGCCCUGCCUUGGGAAAUCCCCUUGCACUUCUUUUUGGCUUCUUCCCAGGUAUGCCUGUUCUCCAGGGGAGGUUCUGGAGACUCGGAGACUUAGGGCUGUGUCUGUGAGGAGGAGGCUGGCCUGAGGGAGCAGCCACAUUGUCUCUGCUCAGCCAUGUGUGCAAAGAGGUUGCUGGCCAAAUGGAAGCCUCUGCUGCUCACCCUUCAGCUGGCACAUUGCCUCUCCUGCCUUCCUGCUGGGCCACACAUCCUCCCUUCCAAUAAUGCUUAGAGCACCACAAAGCGGAGCUGGUCCUUAGGGCCAGGGGACUCUCUGGCCAGGGCCUGGGGCUGGCCUUUGCACCCAAUGGGUGUGCAAUAAAUAGAACCUACCACAGAAGUGGGUGAGUGUGAGUGUGUGUGUGUGUAAGGGGGAGUCAGUCAGGUAGCCGUGGCCACCUGCAGUGUGUCAGGCUAUAGCUUCCUUUGCCCCCUUUGUGAUAGUAUGUCUGUGUCUGUGUCCUGCAUGUUCAUGUGUGUACCCCAACAUACAAUUACAAGCUACUUAAGCUCGGGAACAUUUUUCAUCCACUUACUGUGUUUUUCAUUUCACAGAUGUUAUGGGACUCCUUACAUGGCCAGUACUAGGGGAUUUGAAAUGAGCAAAAUGUCCCUGACCUCAUAAAUUGGGAGUCUUGCCCACUGUUUCAUAGCUGUCAGUAUUAAGAUACACAUUAUCUUUCUGGGGAGCAUUUAUUCCUACUCCUGCCUCACAACCAGAGAUCUAAUCUGCAGACCUGUCAGGUGGAUAUGUAUGCAUGUUUGAAACAUACAUAUGCUAAACCGAGAUUUAGCAGAAAUUAACAGCCACACAAGAGUCCAACUUGUCUGAUUGUACAGAGGAGAACACUUAGCAUGGGUAGAUAUGACAUGGCCAGGAUUGAUGCUUCCCAGCGUGGGCAUGACUGGGUUUUUGGACCUCAUUAAACACUUAUCCUAUCCAGAAGAAAAGUUAAAUCUGUCCACUGUGUGUGACACUUUGCUCAUGUAGAACUUCCAUUUCAUUUGGAUGCCUUUGGAGCUGGAAGACUAGCUGCCUGGCCUCACCAGGUCAAUGGUGCCUGGCAGUCCACCCCUGGGCAUUGUCUACCUGGAGAGUGAGCAGUUAGAGAUGGGAUUGUUGGGCUGCAGUUCUAAACUGUGGCCACUGGAGGGCAAGCAAGCACCUCCCAAUCAUUGGGCGGGUCAGAUGCUUGGCUAAAGAGUCAGGUGGUAGGAUCUUAGUUUGGGGCCAUCACUGUCUUCAGACUUACAGUGGCCCGAGCCAUGGCUCCCACUACUGGACAAACCUAUCCCAGACAAAGGCUUGAGAGCCUGGUAUCUUUCUGCAGAAAAAGAGGAAGACUUUCUAGAGCUUUCUAGACGGAGCCAAGAGCUCUCCACAGGCUGCACCUAAUUGCCAGGAACAGUGAAAGCUGAGUGAGCCCACCCACAAUCCCAGAAAUGGGCAGGGCUACUUCCCACCUAUGCGUUGUGUGGGCCUUGUCUAGGAAGAAGGGGAUAAGGCAGAGGCUCCUAGUGAUGACUGUAGCUCCUGUAAGAGGGUCGUGUUGGACUCCAGCCCGUCUAUCUAAGGUAAUGCAGUCCCUGGGACCUGGGAUCACUGUAUACAGGUGAUACCUGAUAUAAACCUCUUCCUGGUUUC